AUGUCAGACAAAGAUGCGGCCACACCUCGAUUGUUCCUGAUACGCCACGGCGAAACGGAAUGGUCCCGUAACGGCCGCUACACCGGAAUCAGUGACAUCCCUCUCCUACCCGAAGGCGAAGAGAAAAUCCGCCAAACAGCCUCGGUUGUCUUCGGUGGUGGACGGUUGAUCGACCCCAGCAAGCUCACAUCGAUCAUCUGCAGUCCUAGAAAACGCGCACGACGAACACUCGAAAUCCUACUAGAGCAGAUCCAAGACUCUGCCACUAGGAGAACGCUCGAAAGUAAACUGAAUGUCACCGAGGAGAUUGCAGAAUGGGGUUACGGCGACUACGAGGGCCUCUAUACCCAUCAGAUUCAAGAACUCCGCAGGUCGAGAGGUCUCGACACCGACCGAGCGUGGGAUAUUUGGCGAGACGGAUGUGAAGGGGACGGAGGAGAGUCAGCGGCACAGGUGCAAGAACGCCUCGACGCGGUGAUUUCGCAAAUUACGUCUGUCCACAAGCAAGCAUUGGAAACAGGCGAUCCGGAAAGGGAUGUCCUCGUAGUUGCACAUGGUCACAUACUGAGAGCAUUCGUCAAGAGGUGGUUACAAUUUGAAAUGGGCGCAAGGCUGGAGUUGAUGCUGGAGCCGGGAGGGGUGUGUGGGUUGAGCUACGCGCAUGGGCACAUUGAGCAGAGGGCGGUCCUCGUCGGCAUGAGCUUCCCGGGCUCGACCUGA